AUGGUCAACAGCGUUGUCAUGCCCACAGCCGAUCCCGUCAUUAAGGGCAGAGGAUUGGUCCGACCCAACACGGGCAAAUCCACGGCCAAGGUUACCACGAAAAAGGCCCCUCCAAUCGGCUUGGUGCGUGACUUCCCAUGCCGGCCCUGCGUCACACGCGCCACCAAGGCCCCCGGCCAUGAAUGUGCCUCCCAAGACAAUACUGGUGCCGCGUGCUGGGACUGCGCAAAGAACGGUCACACCUGCAGGCUGGUCCCGGUUGGUGCUCUUGCUGCUGUGCGCGCCUUUUGGGAGCUGAAUCGGCAGCUCAAGCGUGCGAAUUCCGAUCCAGACGAUGCCUGGCGGACUGCUGCACAGCGCGCAGCACAACAAUUACGAGCUUGUGGUAGUGGUGCGGCUCUUCCUGCCGCUCCAGGAUCAGCUCCCGCUUUGGCUUCGUUCGGCGAGAAAGCUGAGAAGAGCCCCGAGGAGCGAAAGACCAUGGCGCUGGAGACCAUCGCUGAGGCCGCUCGGCUCUGGAUUCAGAUCAAUAAGCCGGACGAAGGGGCCGAGGAAAACGAGGAAGAGAUGGAAGCGCACAAUUGA